GCGAUGCAUAACCUGCUUCCCCUUCCGUCCGCUGCAUCCCUAUUCCUCCUCCUCCUCUCCUCCUCCUCCUCUCUCUCUCGAGACCCUGUCGCUCCCCGACGACUGUUGGGCCGCUGCCGCCGCCGCCUCCGCCGGGUGCUGAGGCUUUCCUUGUUCUCUUCGCCGGCGACGAGCACCCACCAGGACUCGUCUCUGCUGCAAUGGGUGACUACACAAUCCAGAUCAGCACCAAGCUCAUCGACCAGCUUGCUCGCGAUGAUGAGAAGGUGAAACGGAAAGCCAGGAAGCCCAAGCCUAAGAAGAAGCCCAUCGUGCAGCCACAUGAAGAGCCCCCGGAAUUCCCAAGCGAACCCAAGACGAGCAGCCCUGCUCCUGCUCCUGCUCCUGCUCCUGGGUGGCCUCUGCAGCCUCCCCCAAUGUUUCUGCCUGUGACCCCUGCGCCCCCGCCACCCCCGGCCACAAUGCCGGAGGUGGAAGCCAUCCGCUCCAUCCUGAAAGAAAGCGAGUCCGUUCUCGAGAAGCUGGAGAAGCAGGAAGCUGGGGCACGCCAAGAGCUCAGCAAGAGAGCAAAGGAGCUGCACGACAAGGAGUUCAAGCUGCCGUACCAGAACCCCAUGCCCUGCACCCAGGAGAGGGCAGGCUGCCUUGAGUGUUACAAGACCAACGCAAAGGACCCGCUCAAGUGUGCUGAAGCAGUCAAGAGAUUUGAGGCGUGCGCUCUCAUGGCCGUCAAGGCUGCUGCUGCCGCAAAAGCUGAUUAGUAAGUAGCCCGUGAAGCUUUGUGAGUUGGGGUGAGCGGAUACGCGGACUCUGCGUUUUCUUUUGAUCUUUUGAGUUGAGGUGAUUCAAAUAACCAGGGAUUUUCAUGGGACCCACUGUAGAUUUCUAAUGCCACUGCACUGGGCUACCUGAGGCAGCACCAGGGAUAUUGCAUAUGUUUGUUACAAUUGGUAUAUCAAAUUGCUGGUGAAAAGGUUUUUGUCUGAAAGAUAUAUCGGAUCUUGUGUUGGAAUGGUAUCCACUAGCCAUGCUGUAUAUUUUUGCUGUGUUCUAUGGUA